CAUGGUGACGUUUGUGAAGAAGGAGCUGAAGAAGAUGCAGAAGGUUGUGAGUCCAGAUUACCCAGAAUGCUCAGAGAGUCAGAGGGAGGAUGAGGAGGAGUUGGAGGGUGAUGAUGAAGGGCAGAGGAGAAGCAGAGAGAUGUUUCAGCAGAUCACAGUGUUGUUCCUGAGGAGGAUGAAGCAGGAGAAGCUGGCUGACUGUCUGCAGAGCAAACUUCCUGCAGUUUGCGGACGUGAACUUAAAUCUUCUCUGAAGAAGAAGUUCCAGAGAGUGUUUGAGGGCAUCGCUAAAGCAGGACAGAAGACCCUCCUGAAUGAGAUCUACACAGAGCUGUACAUCACAGAGGGAGGGACUGCAGAGGUCAAUGAUGAACAUGAGGUCAGACAGAUUGAAGCAGCAUCCAGGAAAGCAGAUAGAGCAGAAACAAUCAUCAGAGCAGAAGACAUCCUUAAAGGCUCACUUGGAAGAGAUGGACCAAUCAGAACAGUGAUGACACAGGGAGUGGCUGGCAUCGGAAAAACAGUGUUAACACAGAAGUUAACUCUGGACUGGGCUGAAGACAAAAGCAACCAGGACAUCCACUUCAUGUUUCCAUUGACUUUCAGAGAGCUGAAUGUGGUGAAAGAGAGAAAGUUCAGCUUGGUGGAACUUGUUUAUCACUUCUUCAGUGAAACCAAAGCAGCAGGAAUCUGCAGCUUUGAAGACGUCCAGGUUGUGUUGAUCUUUGACGGUCUGGAUGAGUGUCGCCUUCCUCUGGACUUCCACAACAAUGAGGUCCUGACUGAUGUUAGAGAGUCCACCUCAGUGGAUGUGCUGCUGACAAACCUGAUAAGGGGGAAUCUGCUUCCGUCUGCUCGCCUCUGGAUAACCACACGACCUGCAGCAGCCAAUCAGAUCCCUCCUGACUGUGUGGACAUGGUGACGGAGGUCAGAGGGUUCACUGACCCACAGAAGGAGGAGUACUUCAGGAAGAGAUUCAGAGAUAAGAGGAAGGCCAACAGCAUCAUCUCCCACAUGAAGAAGUCACGAAGCCUCUAUAUCAUGUGCCACAUCCCAGUGUUCUGCUGGAUCACUGGUACAGUUCUGGAGGAGCUGCUGAGAACCAGAGAGGGAGGAGAUCUGCCCAGAACCCUGACUGAGAUGUUCAUCCACCACCUGGUGGUUCAGGCCAAAGUCAAGAAGGUCAAGUAUGAUGGAGGAGCUGAGACAGAUCCAUACUGGAGUCCAGACAGCAGGAGGAUGAUUGAGUCUCUGGGAAAACUGGCUUUUAAUCAGCUGCAGAGAGGAAACCUGAUCUUCUACGAGUGUGACUUGACAGAGUGUGGCAUCGAUUUGGAAGCAGCCUCAGUGUACUCAGGAGUGUUCACACAGAUCUUUAAAGAGGAGAGAGGGCUAUACCAGGACAAGGUGUUCUGCUUUGUCCAUCUGAGUGUUCAGGAGUUUCUGGCUGCUCUUCAUGUCCAUCAGACCUUCAUCAACUCUGGAAUCAACCUGCUGGAAGAAGAACAACAAACAACCUCCAACAAACCUGAUCCAACAGUUUUCUACCAGAGAGCUGUGGACGAGGCCUUACAGAGUCGAAACGGACACCUGGACUUGUUCCUGCGCUUCCUCCUGGGUCUGUCACUGCCAACGAAUCGGAAUCUCUUACGAGGCCUGCUAACACAGACAAGAAGUAGCUCACAGACCAAUCAGAAAACAGUGGAGUACAUCAAGGAGAAGAUCAGUGAGAAUGUGUCUGUAGAGAGAAGCAUCAAUCUGUUCCACUGUCUGAAUGAACUGAAGGAUACUUCUCUAGUGGAGGAGAUCCAACAGUCCCUGAGAUCAGGACAUCUGUCCACAGAUGAACUGUCUCCUGCUCAGUGGUCAGCUCUGGUCUUCAUCUUACUGUCAUCAGGAGAAGAUCUGGACGUGUUUGACCUGAAGAAAUACUCUGCUUCAGAGGAGGCUCUUGUGAGGUUGCUGCCAGUGGUCAAAGCCUCCAAGAAAGUUGUGUAA